UACCAAAACCAGGACCACCGCCCAAAUUCCCUCAUCUGCGAGGUUUUCCUUCUCGUUUACCUGGCUGGUGAGUCGCAAUCAUGUUCAGCAACCGCAAGUUCAGUAUCAACCGGAACACGGGAGUUCCAAAGCCCUCGCGGCGCUUCUCCCUUGCGGAACCCAGCGCGAACGAGGCUGGAUCAAAGAUCCACAGGCAGUUCCGUGCCGCCCACGAAGGCCAUCUUCCUCAUGCCGGCCUCGAUCCCACUCGAGCCUCGACCGGUGUCGUCUGGUGUACCGAGCGCGCAACCGAGUAUGGCUUCAUGGAGGAGCCCGAAAAGUGGGCAAACCUGGGCCAGGGUGCCCCCGAGGUAGAAGACGAGAUCGAGGGCUGCUUCAAGCGUCCCACGAGCGUCGACGUCACCCUCAACAGCCGCGAGUACGGCCCUACCGCCGGCAUCAAGCCCCUGAGGGAGGCCGUCGCCCACCUGUACAACGAGAUGCACCGCAAGGGCCAGGACAGCCUCUACACCUGGGAGAACGUCGCCAUCGUGCCCGGUGGCCGUGCUGGUCUGAUCCGUAUCGCUGCCGUGCUCAACAACUCGUACCUGUCCUUCUUCAUCCCCGACUACACGGCCUACAAUGAGAUGUUGUCGCUCUUCAAGGACAUUGCCGCCAUCCCUGUGCCCCUGUCCGAGGACGAUGGCUACCACAUCAACCCCGACAAGAUCGCCGAGGAAAUCGCCCGUGGUACCGGUGUCAUUUUGACCUCGAACCCCCGUAACCCUACCGGCAGGGUCGUCUCCAACCCCGAGCUGGCUGAGAUUCAAGAUCUGUGCCGUGACCGUGCUACUUUUAUCUCGGAUGAGUUUUACUCCGGAUACAACUACACCAGCGACUGCGAUGGAACCACCAUCAGCGCUGCCGAAAACGUUCUUGAUGUCGACGAUGACGACGUGCUCAUCAUUGACGGUCUGACCAAGCGCUUCCGUCUUCCCGGUUGGCGUGUGGCCUGGAUCCUGGGCCCCAAGGAAUUCAUCAAGGCCAUCGGCUCGUGCGGCUCCUACCUUGACGGUGGCACCAACGUCGCCUUCCAGGAGGCGGCCAUCCCCAUGCUGGAGCCCAGCCUGGUCAAGGCCGAGAUGAAGGCCCUGCAGAGCCACUUCCGCGACAAGCGCGACUACGUGGUCAAGCGCCUGCGCGACAUGGGCUUCACCAUCAAGUUCGUGCCCGACUCGACCUUUUACCUGUGGCUCAACCUCGAAGGCCUGCCCAAGCCCAUCGAGGACGGCCUCAACUUCUUCCAGGCCUGCCUCGAGGAGAAGGUCAUUGUCGUGCCCGGCAUCUUCUUCGACCUGAACCCCGCCCGCCGUCGUGACCUGUUCGACUCGCCCUGCCACCACUUUGUCCGCUUCUCCUACGGUCCCAAGAUGGAGACUUUGAAGCUGGGUUGUGAUGGUAUCGAGAGGGUUGUCAAAAAGUUCAAGGAUGCGCUCACCAUGACACAUGCCUAAGAGCUGUCGGUAGGUGAGACGAUAAGGUAUAGAACAAAAUACACGACUGAAGAAAUAUAUUUCCAUGAUUUUUUGGGAGUCAGCCAUUUUUGGUGCUUGCAUAUCCUCAAAUGUGAUCAUGAACGACUACUUCAACUUCAGCCUUGUUGUACCUUUGGUUUUAUUUCUUGGGAUAGCUACACCAGUGAUGUCUUGAUCAUGAAUUCAGAAAAGCGAGAUCGCUAUCACAUCAAUGACUGCAGUAGCUGCAUUUCUAUACCGGGGUGCUUAUAUCUAGUCUCGGUCUAUUUAUACCCAGAUGCAAAUAGUAAAGUUUAUCGUACAAUGGCACAGCCAUCCGCGAAUAAAGGGGGAAAAAAAGAGUUUACAAGUUGAGGGGUAUCGAAUCAAAACUAGCCACUAUCCAUCUGGAAAAGAAAACAGAAACACCAAGCAUAGAGAACAAAUUAUCAAGAUAACAGUCG